AUGGCAUCUUUUCUCUAUGGCAACCUGAAAUUCCCCAAGCCCAGGCCAGCCCAGGACCCGCUGUAUGAUGUGCCCAACCCCGGCGGAGGCCGGCCAGGGGGGCCCCAGCGGCCAGGACGCACCGUGAGCCUUCGGGAACGCCUGCUGCUCACCCGAGCUGUGUGGCUGCAGUUGCGGGCCAAUGCCGCGGCCGCCCUGCACAUACUGAGGACCGAGCCACCAGGGGUGUUCCUGGUGCGGAAAUCCAACACCCGGCAGUGCCAGGCUCUGUGCGUGCGGCUGCCAGAGGCCAGCGGCCCCUCCUUCGUCUCCAGCCACUACAUCCAGGAGCACCCAGGCGCUCCCCCAGGCGUCUCCCUGGAAGGCUCCGAGCUGGUAUUCCCUGAUCUUGUCCAACUCAUCUGUUUCUACUGCCAAACCCAGGACAUCCUCCUCCUCCCGCUGCAGCUGCCCAGAGCCAUCCAGCAGGCAGCCACCCACAAGGAGCUGGAAGCCAUUUCCCAUCUGGGCAUUGAGUUCUGGAGCUCCUCCCUCAAUGUCAAGGCCCAGCAGGGCCUGCCGGAUGGCCCGAGGCUGCCGCGGCUAAAGGCCCGCUCCCCACAAGAACUGGACCAGGGCACUGGGGCCGCCCUCUGCUUCUUCAACCCCCUCUUCCCGGGAGACCUGGGCCCCACCAAGCGGGAAAAAUUCAAGAGGAGCUUCAAAGUGCGCGUGUCCACCGAGACCUCCAGCCCGCUGUCUCCGCCGACUGUGCCACCUCCGCCUCCGCCCGCGUUGCCACCUGCAGCAACGGCGGCUGAAAGGCUGCCCCCUUCCCGCCAGCUGCUGCGGAGGGAGAGCUCCACCGGGUACCGCGUGCCCGGAGGCGCUGGCCCCGGUCUGCCCCCACUGCCCGCCCUCCAGGAACUGGACUGCGGCUCUCCCAGCAGCUCUGAGGAGGAAGGGGCGCCCGAGCCCGGGGGCAGCCCUGCAAGCUCGCCCCGCCUGGGCCGCCGACGGCAGCCUCUACUGCGGUCAAUGAGUGCCGCCUUCUGCUCUCCGCUGGCGCCCGAGCGGCAGGUGGGCCGGGCGGCCGCGGCGCUCACGCGGGACAGGCACACAGCUGUGGGCCAGCUGGUGCAGGACCUCCUGACGCAGGUGCGCGCCGGGUCCGAGCCCCGGGAGCUGCAGGGCAUCCGCCAGGCGCUGAGCCGGGCCAGAGCCAUGCUGAGUGCAGAGCUGGGCCCAGAGAAGCUGCUAUCCCCGGAGAGGUUGGAGCAGGUCCUGGAGAAGUCACUGCACCGCUCAGUGCUCAAGCCCCUGCGGCCCCUCCUGGCCACGCGGCUUCGUCGCCGGUUCUCCGCUGAUGGCUCCCUGGACCGCCUGGCUGAGGGCCUGUGCGUGGCCCGCGCUCAAGGUCCUGCGGCCUUUGGGACCCGCCUGAGCCUGCCUUCCCCCGGAGAGACGGAGCAGGUGCGCCUGAAGCUGCUGCAGCUGCUCCGUACAUACUCGCCCAGUGCCCAGGUGCAGCGGCUCCUGCAGGCCUGCAAGCUGCUCUACACUGCCCUGAGGGCCCAGGCGGGGGAAGGUGCAGGUGCUGCCGAGUUCCUUCCACUGCUGAGCCUUGUCCUGGCCCAGUGCGACCUUCCAGAGCUGCUGCUGGAGGCCGAGUACAUGUCAGAGCUGCUGGAGCCGGCCCUGCUCACAGGAGAGGGUGGCUACUACCUGACCAGCCUCUCAGCCAGUCUGGCCCUGCUCGGCAGCCUGGGCCAGACCCGUGCCCUCCCCCGGAGCCCCUCGCAGGAGCUGCAGCAUGCCCUCCAGCUCUGGGAGCAGCGCCGCCUGCCGGCCACCCACAGCCUCCAGCACCUUCUCCGCGUUGCCUAUCAGGACCCCAGCACCGGGUGCACGUCCAAGACACUGGCUGUGCCCCCAGAGGCCUCGAUCGCCACCCUGAGCCAGCUCUGUGCCACCAAAUUCCGAGUGGCCCAGCCCGACUCCUUCGGCCUCUUCCUAUACAAGGAACAGGGCUACCACCGCCUGCCUGCUGGAGCCCUGGCCCAUGGGCUGCCCCCCACUGGCUACCUUGUCUACCGCCGUGCAGAGUGGCCAGAGGCUCAGGAACCGGGCACUGGGCAGCCUGGAGCAGGGAGCGAGGAGGAAGGGAGAAGGGACACGGGGAGUGGAGACAAGGACAAAGCCAGAUCCAGAGAGGCUGGGAUCACUGCCCACCAGGCUGAGGGCCAGGCAGGGGGAGGCCCCAGGCAGCCAGGGGAGUCAGGGGAAGUGGAGAGCCAGGUAGCUGAAGAGUAGCUGGAAGGUGAGGAGUGACUGGAAGGUGAGGAGUAGCUGGGAGCUGGGAGAGUACCUGGAAAAUGAGGAGUAACUAGAAGGUGGGUAGCAGCUGGAAGCCAGGAAGUAGCUGGAACAUGGGGAGUUGCUGGAAGGUGAGGAGUAGCUGGAAGAGGAGUAGCUGGAAGGUAAGGAAUAACUGGAAGGUGGGGAAUAACUGGAACAUGGGGAGUAGCUGGAAGCUGGGAGAGUACCCGGAAAGUCAGGAGUAACUGAAAGAUGGGGAGUAACUGGAAGCUGGGAGAGUACCUGGAAAGUGAGGAGUAGCUGGAAGCCAGGGAGUAGCUGGAAACUGGGAGAGUAGCUGGAAGGUGAGGAACAACUGGAACAUGGGGAGUUGCUGGAAAAUGAAGAGUAGCUGGAAGCCAGAGAGUAGCUGGAAGCCAGAGAGUAGCUGGAAGGUGAGGAGUAGCUGGAAGGUGAGGAGUAGCUGGAAGCCAGGGAGUAGCUGGAAGGUGAGGAGUAGCUGGAAGCCAGGGAGUAGCUGGUAGUGGUCAGAGGAUCAUGUGGAGCAGGGACUCUGAGCCUUCUGGGAAGGCCUUCCGGAGCCGUCAGCCCCACAUUCUUGGCCACCGUCGUCCCAGCUGUCCCCCAUGUCUGCAGUACCCAGCUCAUCCGUGAGUCCACCUGCUGGGAAGCUGGGGCGGCCACAUGUGAGGAACUGGGCAAAGCGAAGGAGCCUGGGUCCCCCAGUCUUCUCACCCCAUGUUCUCUCACCAUAGGGCACUGGCCAGUGUGCAAGGGGGAGUGGUCAGCAGGACGGGAAUCCUGAGACCAGCCUGGCUGGGUCCCCCCCCCCCCCCCCGGCACACACACUCCAGCCCAGGGUCCUUGUCUCUGAAGUGGGACACAGCUGCUGUCCUGCCAGGAGGCUCUGCCAUCCAGCAGAGCUAAGACUGGGGGGAAGGGAUGGGCAGGAGGGAGGUGGGGUGCCAGCAGCCCCCACCUGCUGUCCUGCCAGGAGUCUGCAUCGAGCCGUGCCUUGUGUCACCCAGGCCCUGAAGGGCUACUCCCUGAGACCAGUUCCCAGAGGAGAAAACACCCGAUUCCAGUCUUUCCCCAGGAUUGGAAGUCCUCCCGGGUCCCACAGCCUCCUGGAGGAGCCAUACAGGAAGAGUGGGUUCCCUCGUCUCCAACCCAAGCCACCUAGCGGAGCAGGUGCCAAUCUGAGCAAAGAAAAGUGCUCAGCAGCAGCCACCAGAGGGCGCACAGCCCAGCCACCAAGAGGGUGAUCCCCGCAGUCCUGCACCCUGGACUCCCCCAGCCACAAACCAGUGUGUGUUGGGGAAAAAGUGCGGGGUGCCACGGUCCCUCGGAGUCAGAGGUCCUGAGCAAGGCCAGCCUCGGGGGUACCCUACCUGGGAAAAGGCUGUGCCCGGGCUGCUGAACGCCGCAGAGAGAUCAGCCUGUAUGUCAGGCAUGGCAGACACAGCCCAAGGGGCGCCCCCAUUUCCCACAAGUCUCUCACUGGCAUAAAGCCCCACCCUACCCGUCUCCAUCUUUUUUCUUGUGUCCCCACCUCCCACCCCAGUGCCUUGGGACCCAAUAAAUACCGUCAC